CUCAAGUACCUACCUAUAGCACAAACAUGUUUUAAUGUUGCCAGAACAAAAAAACUUAUCACAUGUGAUAAUAAUAACAGCGCGUUUUAUCUUGUUGACUUUUGACUUUAAGCGGCCUUCUCUCGUAACGUAAAUAUAAAACAAAUAACUACUGGACGUUAGUAUGAAAACGAAACUGAAACCGGUUACACUGUUAAGGCUUUGUGCAAAAAAAAUCGUGCACUUAUUUUUCUUUAUCGCAAAUCGUGAAUUGUAAAACAAAAACAAUCUCCUAAUUUCACUAUUUUACUUUAUUAGUAAGCACUCAAAUUACUUAAUUACUAACAACUAACAGUUUAGACUUACUAAGGCUAAGCGGCGUGGUUACUUAGAUCUAGAUAUGGAACAAAAUCACGAUCCUCCAGGUGUUCGGGUAUAUACGUUCGUAGGUAAAGAAAACUUUGUUGUGAACUCUAAUUUGAAUUUGGAUGAUGACGACAAAAAGAAAAGAGUUUAUAACAGUUGGUGGGAAAAAUUUUGUUUGCGAUGUCAUCAAGAAGACUCCACACCAUCUUGGCAACCAUCAUGGUGGUCCAAAUUCUUCCCAUUCCCAUUAUUUUCUACUUACAGACAGACCGCGCAACAAAUAUGCAUUAUAAUGUUCUUUUUACUCACAUGGGGCGUACUAUAUUCAGAGAUUGGAGAAUCAGUAGGUUUACAAGGCGAACUAUUUAGCAUGUCAGUACUAGUCAUUUCUGCGUACUUAAUAGGUUGGAUAUGGCUAAAAGUAACUACAUUGCCAGCACUUAUAGGCAUGCUUCUAACUGGGAUAGCAUUCCAAAACCUUCAAUUGGUCCACAUGACGGACUCUUAUAGAAAAUUAAAUCAAGAUCUAAGAAAAAUAGCACUGGUGAUUAUCCUAACACGAGCUGGUCUUGGUCUGAACGCAGGUGUUUUAAGGAAACACUACGCUGCUGUUCUACAACUGGGUCUUUUACCAUGGCUGGUUGAAUGUGUGGCUAUUGCAAUCAGCUCACAUUAUCUCUUAUAUUUACCUUGGAUAUGGGGUUUUCUUCUAGGAUCAAUGAUAGCUUCAGUAUCACCAGCAGUAGUAGUUCCCUGUCUAUUUAGGUUACGUGACGUAGGAUAUGGAGUCGCUAAAGGUAUUCCAACAAUCGUAGUUGCCGCAGCUGCGGUAGACGACUCCAUUAGCGUUGCAAUCUUCGCCAUCAUUCUAAACGCAAUGUUCUCAACUGGAUCUGCUACUUUCAAUAUUAUAAAGGGUCCACUAUCCAUUGUUGCCGGUGUUGUUCUCGGAUCACUUUGGGGAGCUCUGCUCUCAGUUAUGCCUGAAAGAGGCGACUCUUAUGUAGUACCUUUAAGAUUCUUGGGCCUAUUUCUCGGAGGCCUAUUCUCUCUGUUCAUAUCGAGUAUGAUUGGGUGGAGUGGUGCAGGCCCUCUUGCUAUCGUAUCUUCAGGAUUUGUAGCCGCAUAUUUCUGGGAAAAGCAAGGCUGGGUCGUAAACAAAAACCCAGUCAGCAAUGUAUUUAGAAUCCUGUGGAUAUUCUUCGAGCCUAUAUUAUUUGCGUUUACAGGAGCUCAGGUUACGAUUAGCGCUUUAGAUCCACAAGUUAUAAAAAUGGCCACUAUAUGCCUUCUUGGCUGCUUAGUUAUUCGUGCAAUUGCAACAUUUUUCGUAAGCUUUGGAUGUGGCCUUAAUAGCAAAGAGAAAAUAUUCAUCGGUCUCACAUGGACAGCCAAAGCUACUGUACAGGCAGCGUUAGGACCAGCUGCCUUAGACUUGGUGAAUAGUGGCCAAACAUCAGGAGUUGCUAAAGCAGAUGAAGAAUACUAUGCAAAGGCUAUUUUAGCCGUCAGUGUUCUAAGUGUAAUGAUAUCGGCUCCUCUAGGCGCAUUACUUAUUGCUGUAGCUGGUCCCAAACUGCUCUCCAAAGACGACCCUGAUGAGACUCCAGAACAAAACACAGAAAAUCAACAAGCGACUCAAAUAUGACGAUAGUCGGUUCUACUUAUUAGAAUGUAAUAAUGUCCUUAAGUGCCUGUUACAAUAUUUUGUACACAUUUUGUGCUGUAAAUCAGCACUCUAAAUUAAAUUACUUAAAAUGCCUUCGUGCUCUUGUACUUUACAUACAUUUACAUAAAAAAGAACCGCCGUCGAGAGUAUACCUCAUAGUACAUAAGUUAUAUUGUAAUUUAUAAAUUACAUAUAUUGAAUCUAUACCAGUGAUAGUACAUCCAACUAAGUACUUAAUCGAAUAUUUUUAAUAAUUUUUAUUUUUAGUAUUGUUAACUAGUUUUUGACAUAAAUGUUACAUUUCAUCGAGUCAGUCAAUGUGCCUUUUAGAUUUAAAAUAC